AUAAAAGGGGAGGGGUGUGUUGUGUUUUGGGAGGGGGUGAUCAAAGAGAAAGCCAAGGGAGGGAAGAGUCAGAGAGGUAAAGUGUCUGUAUUUCAAUCUGAGACUGACACACUUGUUGCAAAGCAAGGACACCUGUGGAUCAGACUUCUCAUGUGCCCUUAAAAUGUUGAAUGAGAGAGAUGACUGUGAUAUGCAUGCAAAGGAGCAAUUCAUCAUAUCUCAUGCCGCUCUUUGCACCAUCCCGCUCGGGAUUGCCACUGGAGAUGCUGCUGUCGCCUCAGCGGAGACUAUGCGAGGCGUUUCUGAUGCUCAAGGUGACAGAAACUCUUUUCAUGACCGACCCCGUUUAAGCAGGUGUACGGCUCUGCCUGGUAACAGCCUUGAAGAAUCGGACCGGCAACGUUACCCGGACAAAGCAGAUAUCUGUAUGUCAAAUCCUCAUGAUGGGGAGGUAUCUAAACAGACAGAGCUCUGCGAGGAGUUUGGACACCAUACGCCCAGGUUAUACGACAGCGACGAUGACCUUGACUUUCAUGGGCACCACCACUGGCAUUCACAUGAAAGUAACUCAUAUCAUUCGUUCGAGGCCAUGCAGCGCAGACACACCACCCUAAGAGAGAAAUGCCGGAGACAGGCCGUUCGUGGACCGGCGUACAUGUUCAGCGAAAGGGGCACCAGCCUCACUGCCGAAGAAGAGAGAUUUCUAGAUGCCGCCGAGUACGGAAACAUCCCUGUAGUCCGUAAGAUGCUCGAGGAGUCCAAGACGCUGAACGUGAACUGCGUGGAUUACAUGGGCCAGAAUGGAUUGCAGCUCGCCGUAGGCAACGAGCACCUUGAGGUCACCGAACUGCUGCUGAAGAAAGAGGGGUUGGCAAGAGUGGGCGACGCCUUGCUGUUGGCCAUCAGCAAGGGCUACGUGCGGAUAGUGGAAGCCAUCCUGGCCCAUCCGGCAUUUGAAGGCGGACUCCGCCUGACCCUGAGCCCCCUGGAGCAGGCGCAGCGCGAUGACGACUUCUACGCGUACGACGAAGACGGAACCCGGUUCUCCCAAGACAUCACGCCCAUGAUUCUGGCCGCUCACUGCAAAGAGUACGAAAUCGUCCACAUCCUUUUACUCAAGGGCGCUCGCAUCGAGAAACCCCACGAUUACUUUUGCAAGUGCGGCGAGUGUGCGGAGAAACAGAAGCAGGACUCCUUCAGCCACUCGCGUUUGAGGAUGAACGCUUAUAAGGGCCUCGCCAGCGCUGCCUAUCUGUCACUGUCCAGUGAAGACCCCGUACUCACAGCCCUGGAACUCAGCAAUGAGUUGGCACAACUGGCAAACAUCGAGACUGAAUUUAAGAACGACUACAGGAAGCUCUCCAUGCAGUGUAAGGACUUUGUGGUUGGAGUUCUGGAUCUCUGCAGGAACACGGAAGAAGUGGAAGCCAUCUUGAAUGGAGACGUGGACCAGGACCCUCCGAAUGAGCACCACAGGCCCUGCCUAAGUAGGGUCAAACUGGCCAUAAACUACGAAGUCAAAAAGUUCGUGGCUCAUCCUAACUGCCAGCAGCAGCUGUUGACACUGUGGUAUGAGAAUCUGUCCGGUCUCAGGCAACAGUCAAUAGGUGUAAAAUGCUGGACAGUGCUGGGAGUAAUGAUGGGCCUGCCAUUUCUUGCUAUCGCCUAUUGGAUUAUGCCCUUUAGCAAAGUAGGCCAGGUUCUCCGCAGUCCCUUUAUGAAAUUUGUAGCUCACGCCGUCUCAUUUACGCUCUUUUUGGGCCUCCUGGUUCUCAAUGCUUCAGACCGAUUCGCAGGGGUCAAAACCCUUCCUAACGAAACCAUCACUGAUCAUCCGCGUCAGAUCUUUCGCAUCAAAACCACUCAGUUCUCUUGGACAGAGUUGUUGAUAAUGGAAUGGGUGCUAGGAAUGAUCUGGACAGAGUGUAAGGAGGUUUGGGCUGAUGGGCCGCGUGAGUACAUCAUGCAUUUGUGGAACGUGUUAGAUUUCGGCAUGCUGUCUGUAUUUGUGGCGUCGUUCACCGCGCGGUUUAUGGCCUUUCAGCAGGCCUCCCGCGCACAGCUCUAUGUGGACUUGUAUGUGACCAGUGCCGACCUGAGCAAUGCAUCAUUACCAGCAGAAGUAGCCUACUUCACUUACGCCAGGAACAGGUGGCUUCCCUCUGAUCCUCAGCUCAUCUCCGAGGGCUUGUACUCCAUCGCCGUGGUGCUGAGUUUCUCACGCAUCGCUUACGUUCUGCCAGCCAAUGAGAGUUUCGGACCCUUGCAGAUAUCCCUCGGCCGCACUGUUAAGGAUAUUUUUAAGUUCAUGGUCAUUUUCCUCAUGGUCUUCCUUGCUUUUAUGAUCGGCAUGUUUAAUUUGUAUUCCUACUAUUUGGGAGCUAAAUACAACGCUGCAUUCACCACAGUGGAGGAAAGCUUCAAAACACUGUUCUGGUCCAUCUUUGGCUUGUCUGAGGUUAUCUCUGUGGUCUUGAAGUACGAUCAUAAGUUCAUCGAGAACAUAGGUUACGUGCUGUACGGGGUUUACAAUGUCAUAAUGGUGGUGGUGCUGCUCAACAUGCUUAUAGCCAUGAUCAACCAUUCGUAUCAGGAAAUUGAGGAAGACGCUGAUGUUGAAUGGAAGUUUGCACGUGCUAAGCUUUGGCUCUCCUAUUUUGAUGAAGGAAGCACUCUUCCACCUCCGUUUAAUUUAAUACCCAGCCCUAAACACUUCUAUUACCUGGCUCAACGCUUUAAAGCACACAUGGAUAGUUCACGUAAGGCCAGGCAUAACAACAGCAGUCAGGAAGAUAUGGGAAUGACCAAUUCACAGUCAAAGCUUCAUCGGUUUAGACCUUAUCAAGGAACAGAUGGAUUCACAGUUAAAAAUACCAUCAAGCACCCAACAAGAUAUCAGAAUCUCAUGAAACGCCUUAUUAAGCGAUAUGUCCUAAAGGCCCAAAUUGAUAGUGAAAGCGAUGAGAUCAAUGAAGGUGAGUUAAAGGAAAUCAAGCAGGACAUUUCCAGUCUCCGCUAUGAGCUCCUGGAGGAAAAGUCACAGGCCACUGAAGAACUUGCUGAACUGAUUCAGCAGCUUGGAGACAAACUUAGCAAAGGAACCAAAAGACCUUAAAAAUGUACCUCUGUGACUGUAUUUGAAAGUGCCCUAGGCCAAAUAUGAAUGCCACGCCUUUACAGCCCUAUAAAUUGAUGUGUGUUGAAAAUACUGAUUUAGAGUGUAUUUAUAAUUUUACUCUGUUUAUGCUAUUGUUUUAUGAAAUACAACUUGAGGUUGUUUUUCUGGGCUCUAUGCUACAUAAAAAAGCAAUUAAACUAAGCAAUCAUUCAAACUCAGGAGAGAUUCAAUUCUAUAGAUUAAUAAGAAUAAAUUCAAAUGAAUAUUUUACUAUAGAUAUUAUAUUAUUAAUAUUUAAUAUGAGAACUGUAGACCUGGUAUAGCAUUGAACAUUAUGAUCAUGUGUUUUCAAUAUAUAAAUAAAAUAUUAUUAAACUA